AUGGUUUUGUACACGACCCCCUUUCCCAACAGCUGUCUGUCCGCCCUGCACGCCGUGUCCUGGGCCCUCAUCUUCCCAUGCUACUGGCUGGCGGACCGGCUCCUGGCCUCCUUCAUACCCACCACCUACGAGAAGCGCCAGCGGGCGGAUGACCCGUGCUACCUCCAGCUGCUCUGCACCGUGCUCUUCACGCCCGUCUACCUGGCCCUCCUGGUCGCCUCGCUGCCCUUUGCGCUCCUUGGGUUCCUCCUCUGGUCCACCCUGCAGUCGGCCCGCCGGCCCUACGUCUACUCCCGGCUGGAGGACAAGGGCCCAGCCAGCGGGGCGGCCCUGCACAGUGAAUGGAAGGGUACAGGUCCUGGCAAAAGCUUCUGCUUCGCCACUGCCAACCUCUGCCUCCUCCCAGACUCGCUGGCUAGGCUCAACAACGUUUUCAACACCCAAGCCCGGGCCAAAGAAAUCGGCCAGAGAAUCCGCAAUGGGGCCAGUAGGCCCCAGAUCAAAAUCUACAUCGACUCACCCACCAACACCUCCAUCAGCGCGGCCAGCUUCAGCAGCCUGGUGUCACCGCAGGGCAGUGAUGGCGUGGCCCGGGCCGUCCCUGGGAGCAUUAAGAGGACGGCCUCUGUGGAAUACGGUGGGCGUCACCCUAGCGACGAGGCUGCCAAUGGCCUGGCCUCCGGGGACCCAGCUGAAGGUGGCAGCCUUGAGGACGCCUGCAUCGUGCGCAUCAGUGGCGACGAGGGGGGCCGGCCCCCUGAAGCCGUCGACCCCCCUUCUGGGGGCCAGGCCAGGAACGGGGCUGGUGGGGGCCCACAGGGCCAGACGCCCAACCAGAGUCAGCGGGAUGGGGACUCGGGGAGCCUGGGCAGCCCCUCAGCCUCCAGGGAGUCACUGGUGAAGGCGCGGGCCGGGGCUGAUGGCGGCGGUGGGGAGCCGGGCGCCAACAGCAAGCUCCCGUACAAGUCCUCGGUGGCGAAGAAGGCAGCCGUGCGCAGGAGGCGCCACCCGGACGAGGCCUUUGACCACGAGGUCUCAGCCUUCUUUCCUGCCAACCUAGACUUCCUAUGCCUGCAGGAGGUGUUUGACAAGCGGGCGGCCGCCAAGUUGAAAGACCAGCUGCAUGGCUACUUCGAGUACAUCCUCUAUGAUGUCGGAGUCUACGGCUGCCAUGGCUGCUGCAGCUUCAAGUGUCUCAACAGCGGCCUCUUCUUUGCCAGCCGCUACCCCAUCAUGGACGUGGCCUAUCACUGUUACCCCAACGGGCGGUCCUCUGACAGCCUGGCCUCGAAGGGAGCUCUGUAUCUCAAGGUGCAGGUAGGAAAUACACCUCACGACCAAAGAAUUGUCGGGUACAUCUCCUGCACACACCUGCACGCCCUGCCAGAGGACAGUGACAUUCGGUGUGAGCAGCUGAACAUGCUUCAGGACUGGCUGGCUGAUUUCCGAAAAUCUACCUCCUCGUCCAGCGCAGCCAACCCCGAGGAGCUGGUGGCGUUUGACGUCGUCUGCGGAGAUUUUAACUUUGACAACUGCUCCUCUGACGACAAGCUGGAGCAGCAGCACUCCCUGUUUACACGUUACAAGGACCCCUGCCGCCUGGGGCCUGGGGAGGAGAAGCCAUGGGCAAUCGGUACCCUAUUGGACAAGGACGGUCUCUACGACGAGGAAGUGUGCACCCCUGACAAUCUGCAAAAGGUCCUGGAGAGCGAGGAAGGUCGUCGCGAGUACCUCGCCUUCCCCAGCAGCAAGAGCCCUGGGGGAGGCCAGAAGGGACGCAAAGAGCUGCUGAAGGGCAACGGCAGGCGCAUUGACUACAUGCUGCACGGGGAGGAGGGGCUGUGCCCAGACUGGAAGGCCGAGGUAGAAGAAUUCAGUUUCAUCACCCAGCUGUCGGGCCUGACAGACCACCUCCCGGUGGCCAUGCGACUGAUGGUAUCUGCGGGGGAGGAGGAGGCAUAAAUGGGCCAAGUCAUCACGAGCAGCAGGGCCUCCGCCAGCCCUCUGAGCCGCAGUCCCUCCCUGGCCAUGUCCCUUCAGCGAGCACCACCCGUGCUGGGGGAGGCGGGCAGGGGCCUGGGAGAGCUGCAGCCAGUCCUGG